GGGAUCGACUGGGCUUCUUUCUUUGUCGCCCUUCACCUCUCACUUUUGUCUUAUCCAGCAAUCUCGAACGCCGCAACAAGACAAUCGCCAUUCUUUUCAUCCUGCCACGCCCCCAAAAUUGACGAGAGAAAGCUUGUGCAGGCACAGCGUCGACUCGAUUCCCGUCCAUCGCUCGCGCCCAUUUCAAUCGCUCGCCUUCGCCCAACUUCGCCGUAACCACUUUUACGCGCGACGGACUUUUGGACUUUGGGCAGCGCUUGAACGUCAUCAACUUCAACUUCCAUUGUCCGUCUUUGCUCUCGUUAUCUUCUCUCAACUCACGCCAUGAGGCUCCUGCCUCUGGCCCUCGUGCCUGGCGCACUGGCCAUUUCACUCGACAUCAAUGAUGCUAACAGUGUGUCGUCGGCCGCCUCGAGCGUGGCGUUCGACAUGAUGUCCUCAUACACGGGGAACCAAAGCGGCCAAGUUCCUGGGUUGUUACCGGGCGGCUUGAGUUGUGAUCCCAAUAAUCCAUCGAUUUAUUGUUGGUGGGAGGCCGGCGCAAUGUUUGGCUCGCUCAUCAACUACUGGCAGUACACGAAUGACUCGACAUACAACCCCGUGGUAUCACAGGCACUGCAAUUCCAGCGUGGACCCGACAACAACUUCAACCCACCUAACCAAUCGAAGAGUAUGGGUGUCGAUGACCAGGCUUUCUGGGGCUUUUCUGCCAUGGACGCCGUUGAGGCAAACUUCCCCGAGUCUGAUGAAGAAGACGCUCCUUCGUGGUUGUCGCUAGCCCAGGCUGUCUACAACUUUCAGAAGGUUUUGUGGGAUCCUUCCUCUUGCGGCGGUGGAUUCCACUGGCAGGUGUUUCAAUUCAACGCCGGGUACAAUCUGAAGAACGCCAUCUCUAACGGUGGGAACUUUCAGCUUUCUGCACGUCUUGCGUACGUGACGGGUAACUCAAGUUAUGCCGACUGGGCCAACACAGUCUAUGACUGGAUGGCAAGCAGCGCAUUGAUGCAACAAGACCCAUCUAGCGGCAUUCUCUAUAUCUGGGACAACACCGACUCCGACAACAAUUGCACAGACCAGACGAGAUAUGUGUGGACCUACAACUACGGCACCCUACUCGUGGGUUCCGCGUACAUGUACAACUUCACGAAUGGCAGCCAGAUCUGGCUGGAUCGGGUCAACACGAUCUUGAACAGCACUUUCGCAUUGUUCUUCCCGUCGCAGUACGGUGGCAACAUCAUGUCGGAAAUUCAGUGCGAGUCGACUCUGGUAUGCGACCAGGAUCAAAAGAGCUUCAAGUCAUAUUUGGCAAGAUGGAUGGCCGUGACCAGUCUGCUCGUGCCGUCUACGGCGCCUCAGAUUCUUCCAAAACUCCAGGCUAGCGCUCAGGCCGCCGCAGGACAAUGCGACGGUGGUGCCAACGGUCGCGAAUGCGGCAUGCAGUGGUAUACAAGCACUUGGGAUGGCUCGAGCGGUGUUGGACAGCAGAUGGCUGCAUUGUCAGUGAUCGGUUCUACGUUGAACCGGCAAGAUUUGACUCCGAAGUCCACGAGGACGGGCGCAACCUCGAAGAGUGACCCGAACGCUGGGUCCACGGCACCAACCAAUCCUGCUGAAUUGCGAGACAAGAUCACUACAGGUGACAAGGCUGGGGCAGGUAUCCUGACCCUCGUCAUGGCCGCUCUUGUCAUUGGAGCAGCUGUUUGGUUAGUAACGUGAGCGAAGGGGAUUUUCUUGGGUACGGAGCCAGAAUUGAGACGACGGUCUCGUGGGGUAUCCGUGCUGUUCACGAUCUACGCCUCUCUAUUUUCUAGAGUUUGGACACAAAGUUCACGUCUUGGGCUGCAUCCGGUGUGUUUGUAUAUUACUGGGAAGGGCAGGCACAUAAAAGAUGCGUCCGAUACCAUAGCAAAGUCGAUUUCAAUGUCCAUGGAUUUCAGUGCUUGCUCUGCGUGCCUCUGCAGUUUCAGACUGCGUAGUUCACGCUACUUGAGGAAAUUCCUCUUGCCCCUCCGCCUAAAGCGCCACUUCAAGUCCACCAGCCCGCUCAAUGUCAUGGGAUAAUUUCUUGUGUAUGUCCUUCAAAUCUAGCAGCCGUG